AUGGCAAAAGCCUAUGAUAGGGUCUCUUGGUCAUUCACUUGCAUCAUGAUGAGAAGACCGGGAUUCAGUGAAAAGAUCAUUGAUAUGGUGUGGAGAACUUUGUCCAAUGACUGGUACUCUGUGAUUGUUAAUGGUACUAGGUGUGGUUUCUUCCAUUCAACAAGGGGUCUUAAACAGGGGGAUCCAUUGUCUCCAUCUCUCUUCAUCCUAGGUGCUGAACUGCUGUCAAGAAUGCUUAAUAACCUCUCUCAUGAUCAAUUCUUCAAUGGGUUCUAUAUGGAGAAGAGAGGUCCUCAAGUUACUCACCUGAGUUUUGCUGAUGAUGUGAUUAUUUUUACAUCUGGAUGUAGAACCUCUUUGACAAAGAUUAUGAAGAUCCUUCAGGAUUAUGAGCAAAUUUCUGGGCAGCAAAUCAACAAAAAGAAGAGUCAUUUCAUGACAGCACCCUCUGCCUUUCAACAUAGCAAUAGGAGAAUUCAGCAAGUUACAGGCUUUACUAGAAAGGAUUCUGUAAAGGAUUCUCCUAUCACAUACUUGGGGUGUCCUUUAUACACUGGCAGGAAAAGAAUUGUCCACUUCAAUGGCCUAAUCUCCAAAGUUGUCAGUAGAAUUAGAGGUUGGCAUGGUAAGCUCCUUUCUUAUGGUGGCAGAGUGACUUUGAUUAGGCAUGUUCCGCAGUCAUUACCAAUACACCUGCUGUCUACUGUCUCACCCCCUAAAACUGUGCUUAGACAAAUUGAGAAACUUGCUGCUAAUUUUUUCUGGGGAAUGACAAGGACAGGAACAAAUAUCACUGGGCUUCAUGGCACAAAUUAG